UCCUGCGACUUGCGCAACUCAAGCAACCUCGGAGAUUGUGUCUGGGGUCUUUCCGCUGCCGAGAACACCUUUAUCCUCGACCUAAACGACGAAUGCAUUCGUGUUUUUCCUUGGAAUUAGGCCUCGUGAAUUCAGAAUUGAUCUGUGAUGGUCGCAUGAGCUGUCGCAUUGUGAACCCACGACCUUUUUUGGCCGAACUCACAGGAAAGACCGUCAUUGCGAAACUGAAGUGGGGAAUGGAAUACAAGGGAUACUUGGUCUCGGUAGACUCAUACAUGAACCUCCAACUGGCCAAUACGGAGGAGUUUGUGGACGGAAAGAGCACAGGAACGUUGGGUGAGGUGUUGAUCAGAUGCAAUAAUGUUUUGUGGGUAGCGGCGGCACCAGAAGGAGAGAAAGAUACCAAGAUGGAAGAGUAACACGUCCUGCGGGCAGGCCGA